CGCACAAACGCACUGACGCAACGGAAACGCAAGUGAAUUGAUUGCAGCCAAAGUGAAUUUGUCUAGAGAAGCAAUAGUGUUAGCGGCAGCAACAAAUAAAUAACAGCAAAAAGCUACAUUGCUUAACCUCCUGCUGUCUUUCCCUCCACCUAGAAUAGAAACCUUAAACAAUUUACUUGCUUUUGUCACAAGUAAAAGUAAUUGGAAGAAAAUACACAAAAAAAAGAUAACAAAAUGAUAAACAAUAAUUUGGACUAUGAGAAAAAUAGCAAUACAACAACAUUAUCAACAGCAACAGUUGCUAGCACAACAAAUGUCAGCAACAGUAAUAAUGCUGCUACAAACGACAAUAGCUACUUUAAUCGCUUCGACAAUCGUAUUGCCGCCAACUUGGCUGCGGUCAUCACUGGUUCACGAUUUCGUUCAUCAUCAUGCAGUAAAUCGACACGCACCAAUGCAAAUAGCAUUUCCAAUUCAAGCUGUAACCUGAGCACUAAACGUGACUCGAACAUGCGCCACUACAAUGGUGUGGCUACGCUGGAUGGCACACAUCAACAACACUUACAACUACGCAAUGACAGUUACUCACGUCCAUCAUCACCUAUGCUCAAUACCACAACGGGUCGCCGACGUCCAUUGCAUUUGUUCGCUCAAGCGAACCUGAACUGCAAUGAUAACGAAAAAGUUGUGCAAACUCCCAGUUCCGAUGAGGAUAAUUCACCCACGGAGUUAAACAAUUGCAAACGUUUGGCCGACAAACCGCCACUGGUGAAACGUCUCACAAUGGGUCUACUACGCACAAAUGAAGAAUCUCGUCCACUUGUAAAUAACAUAACCCCAUCAACGAAUUGCACGACGAGCACUACAAAUUCCACUAUAAAACAAAGUCAGGCUGCAAGUAAUCAAGUCUACUCAAAUGGUUACAUCAACGAAGAAGCCUUUGAACCAGAGAAGUUCAUAGCAAGCAAAUUUGGUGACUCCUGUCGGCAGUCACUGACUGCUAUACCCAUGCUAGACACGUUAAAUCUCAAUGACAACAGUGAGUUCAACUUAAAAAAACGUUACCUACGUGAAACGAGCAGUGCGAAUUCAAGUCCAAAAAUAUUUGCAAACCGUUUGCGUAUGAAUGCAGCAGUUAACACGAAAAAUAAUGUUUCAACAAGUUCCACAACAUAUACGAGCGGCGCAGAGGAAGAAGAUACAGAUCUUAAAGAUGCUUCCUGGUUUCAAGCGGGUAUCUCACGUGAUAUAGCAGAAGAAGUACUUUCAAGUAAGAGUCCAGGCGCUUUUUUAGUGCGUAAAAGUACAUCAAAGCCAGGCUGUUAUGCGUUAACACUGCGUGUACCUUCCCCACCUGGACCUAAGGUGGCCAAUUAUAUCAUUUUACGCACAACUCGAGGUUAUAAAAUAAAAGGUUUCCGUAAAGAGUUUACGUCACUGAAAACCCUCAUCACACAUCACUCGGUUAUGCCUGAACUACUGCCUGUACCAUUAGCAAUGCCGAGGCCCACAAAUAUGACGUCUUCACGUCGAAAUUUGGAUGAUUUUGAUACUUAUGAUUCACUGCAAAUGCUCUUAAAAUAUUUACGCGCUAAAAACAUGGAAAACGAAUAAGAAAGAAGUAUUAUAGGGAAUGCUAAAAAAAAUUAAAUUUAAAUAUAAAGUUACCUCAAGAAAAGCACAAAUAUAAUAUAUAUUUUAAUACGAAAUAAUACAAAGCUAGCAGUACACUGUAAAAAAUUAUAUUCUUAAAAGACAAGAACUACAUUUUUGAUUAUUAAUGAAGGCAUUGGAAGGCAUUUUGUAUCUGUAAGUAACAUAUAUCUGCCAUUGAUGUCAAUGCUAUUUGAUAUUUGAGAUUUAAACAAACAAAUAUCGUAUCUAGUUAUAU